AAUUAAAAAAAAAAUUCUGAACCCCAUUACUCAAAAAUAAAAUUCUGAAGCAAACAAAAUCCAAAAUCAUAUGGGUGUGGGUAGUAUUUGCAAUCAAUCACAUGCAAGAAUUUCGAUGGAGCACUGACGUGGCAAGACGCGAAACAAAGAACCGGAAGAUACCGGAAAAAACCAACUGGAAAGAAGCCAAAAAAUAAGAAAGAAUUACGGAUACAGCAAGAGAGAGUAGAUAUUUGCAGGGGUGGACGCAGACAUGGGUAAAACUCAUGACACAACGCAUCGAGCGUACUCUCUCACGCAACUGUCACGCUCUCCUUUCUCUUUAUAUCCACGCCUCUCCCACCUUCCCUUACCAAUUUCCAAUUUCUCUCACUUUUUCUGAGUUUAGAGGUUUGAUCGAUGGCAAUAUGUCGAUUGUCUAUGAAUCCAAGUCUAGAAAGUGUUGAAGUAUGGCAUUUUAAUGCCAAUUUGUCGACAACUCUGGUUAGGCCUAGUUGCCUACGGUUUAAUCAGAAGUCACCUUGCUCUGCUAGGAGACAAUUGCAGGAAGUAGGAUGUUCAUCCUUAAGAAAAGCUGUAUCGGCGAAGCAAUUAGAAGGGAAUGCACUAACUGCCACAACAAUUUCUGGUGAAGAAGAAGCGGGGCAUGUGACAAGGUUCAAGAUGUCUGAUUUUAAGGUUCUUGAGUGUGUCAGCAUUGGCCUUGCUGGCCGGGCAGAUGAGGUGGUUUUUGAAGCUGUAGUGAAGGAUUCUAGCAGCUGCAGCCCUUUGUAUGACUCAAGAGUUGUGCUUCGACAUCUUACUAGUGCUCGAGCUCAACGUAGGGGAAGGCGAGCGAUAGAGGUAUUAAAAAAGCUGGUUCGCCGCAGAAUCCUCUACCAUUCUUAUUCAAUGCACGUUUAUGGUUAUGUCUCAUCACAAACAAGUGGUGGUCAUAGCUCAUUCACUCUGGUUCACGGGUACCAUGGUAGCUUUUCAUUAAGACAUUGGCUUCAACAAUCUGAUUGGCUUCCAACUUUAGAAGCAACUCUUGCAUUGGAUGAAGAGUCUGUUAGGAGGGUAGGAGAUGACUCAGUUGGGGGACCUGCAGUUUCUAGACAGUUGCGGCUUAUUAGAAUAUUGAUGAGGGACCUCUUAAUUGGAGUAAAUUACUUGCACAGCCAUGGGAUUGCACAUACAGAGUUAAGGCUGGAAAAUGUGCAUAUAAGCCCAGUUGAUAGACAUAUUAAGGUAGGAAUACUGGGAAAUGCUGCUGACUUCUAUGAUGAUGGUCCGAAUGGAAGUGCAAUGGAUGCCAACAUGGAUAGGAGACAAAUGAUGAUUGCAUUUGACAUGAGGUGUGUUGGAUUUAUGAUGGCAAAGAUGGUGUUAAGAGAACUCAUGGAUCCCAUAAUCUUUGCAAAGUUCAAAUCAUUCCUUAUGAAGGGAAAUGAUUCCUCAUGCUUGCGUGAAUUUCUUCUGCCAAUCCUCACUAGGAACUCUCCAACUGGAAAUGCUGGACUCCAGAUACUUGAUAGAAACUGGGGUGCAGGUUGGAAUCUUCUUUCAUUGUUGCUUGCAGUCAGACCUUCUAAAAGAAUAAGUUGCUUAGAUGCUCUUAGGCAUCCAUUCUUGUGUGGACCGAGAUGGCGGGUGGUCCCAUCCAUGGAUAUUAUCAGAUGGGGCCUUGGGUCAACUGCAGUGAGAAUCACGGAGGAGUAUAUUUAUCGUCAACCUCAGCGUGGUAGGCUUGCCCAUUUUAUUGAAUUAAUGGAGAUGUUGAAUCCUCAUUCAAGGCCAAAGAAUUGGCUGGAGUUGUUGCCAGGAAAAUGGCGUUUGUUGUACUCUACUGGAAGGCAUAUAGGUUUAACUCUUCGCCAACCUCCUGUCCGUGUCCUCAUUGGUGAUGCAUACCUAACAAUUUUAAGAGCUUCCAAGUUAAAAACAAGCCUUUCUGUCAUGUCCGAAAUUGGCUUCACAGCCAUCUUGGGACAUGAUUGGCCCCAUGAUAAAAGGGGUACCAAGGGGAAAUUGCAAGUGAACUCUUUAUCUAGUUUAAGAGCUGGGAGACGAUUAUAUCUUAAGGACAAGCCCGCAGAAGGAUUCUCUUUGAGACAAUCAAACUCCGAGGAGUCCAUAGUUGAGAAACUAUCUAGCAGAAAAUGGAGAAAAGCGAUACCCUUCAAGGAGCUCCCUUCAAGUCUACCUGUAGCUAAGCUCCUUCCAGAUGAUAUCGAGGUGUCAAUGAGUUUUGAUGACCCGUUGAAACAGGGUGUUGAUGUUGCAAGAAACAUAGUUCAGGAAAUUCGGACACAGAUUCCCCCUGAAAUGUUUGAAUUGUCAAAUCUUGUGUGUGGAACAUAUGUUGACUCAAGAAUGCUUGUCCUCCGAGGCGUAAAUGGCUCAGCACUCAUCUUUACAAGGUCUUGUGCAAAUGAAAGUUGUAGGUAAUACUGUUUCUUGAUCUGGUACAGUUAAUGUAAUCGAAAGCCGAUUUCAGCCCGAAAUGGAGAAAAUGCCUUAUUAGAAUGUUAUAUACCUAACCAUUUUUUUG